AUGGAGCGCCGCUUGGAGGCCCUGUUCCAUGCUCGACUCGACUUGCGUGUGGCUGGGGAGUCCGCGCAGGCGUUCGCGUCGCUCAACUUUGUCAGUGCAACCAACCAGUUUGGGUCCCAACCUUCCUCCCCAGUGUACCCCCACGCCAAUCAGCCCGACUCGUCCAGUCUCGAAACGUCCGUGCUGAUCUUUGCAUGCAUUGUUCCCAGCCUUGCGGCGAGUCGGCCGCCAACGUCCGCGUGCGAGGUCGUAACGACAGGCCUCGGCGCCGCGACGUUCCGACCGUUGGGGAUGGCCUCGACCACCGAUGCGGACCACAAGGAGCUUCUGGAGCGCGCCGUGGCCCAGGUCCAGAAAGAGCUCUUUCCUGGCCAUCAGCCGGACAAUGGGGCACCCGCAGACCCGGAGGCCCUCCAUGCUUUUUUCCCGCCCGUCUACGCCGGCUGUUGGGCGAUCUAUAGGGAGUGUGUGGUUUCCGAUGGAUCGAGGACUCGGCGCAACAAGGAGCCCAUCGCGGCGACAAUCUCCAGCUCGAAUGGCUGCAAAUGCUGCACCACCAGCCACACAAAUUUCGCCGUUGCGGCUGGAGCAGAUGGGUAUUCUCUUCGGGCGUCGAUCGCGGCCGGCGAUCCCUCUCUGUUGACAGAAGAGAACGUUAGGAAAGUGUGCUCGUGGGCAAAGGAAUGCCAGAGAAGGGAUGCUCCGGCAUUGAAAGAGGUGCCGCCAUUCAACAUGAACGAGGCCCCAGAAAUCAUCGGCACGAUUCACAUGUUCAAUUACCUGAACAGGAUCGUACAGAAGUAUCUAACGACCGAUCUCGUCCUGCCAGCAUUCCCUUGGCCAGUCAAGCUCCUCCUCCGCGCCUUCCCUUUCCUCCAGAGACCGUUCUUCGACCUGUUCUUCUUCUCGCAGCUGGGCAAGACGGUCAAGGAAGUGGGACCUUUGAAGCAGGGGGCCUCGCUGGAGAUCCUGGUCGUUGACAGCCAACUGCCCGGAGAAUUUCAGUGGGCGCAGAGAAACGCAUCUGUGGCAAAGGCCUUCACUUACUGGAGCUGGGCAAUGGGCGAACUCGCCAACAAGUACAUUCCCAAGGAAGUGACGAAACACGUGGGAAAGUACAUCGACGAAAAGUACACAGGCGAAGCUCCACCAGCUGCGAACAAAUGGGUGUACAGAGUGGCAAAGGAGACGGGCCUGAGCGAGGCGCACCAGAGCGCCGUGCGCUACAUGCUUCUCAUGUCCUUCGCGCGGUUCCAAAUCGACGGCGCCAUCAAGCGCGCCCUGGCGCGGCACUUCCCCGACGGCAGGACGCAGCGGGCCAUGGGCAUGUGGGCCGCCUUCAAGACAGCUUCCGCCGUCUCCAAGUGGCAGGGGGAGUGCGCCCUCAACUACCUGCCCACAGGCGACAUCACAGGUCGCUGA